AGCGAAAGAGAGAGAGAGAGAGAGAGAGAGAGAGCGCUUCUGCUUGGGGAAGAAGAAGAAGAAGAAGAAGAGGAAGAAGAAGGAGAAGAAGCGGAAGCGGGAAUCGGGGAGAUGGGGAUAAUCCGGAGCUGCUUCUCGUUCAUGGUGGGGGCGGCGUUCGGGGUCUACGCGGCGCAGAACUACAGCGUCCCCAACCUGAAGAAGCUCGCCCGCACGGGGAUGGCCAUGGCCAAGCACUACGAGGAGACCCACCGCAAGCCCACCAACACCAACACGGUCAACCACGACGACGACGACAAUGCCGGAUCCCAUCAUUAGGGUUUUGGAGCUAGGGAAAAUGCAUCUCAGAUACACCAAUUAGUAGGUAUGAGAGGAUUAAUGUCGGAUCCCCAAGAACAAAUGAUUGAUUUAUCCAUUCUAAGCAAUUUACACGAGGGACUUUCUUUGAUAGAAUAUAUAAUUUUCUGCUACGGAGCCCCCAAAGGAGUUGUAGAUACUGCUGUACGAACAUCAGAUGCUGGAUAUCUAAUAGUAAUGGAACUUUGUGCAAA